AUGAGAAAGCUUGAAACUCUCUUUGGCAGAGGGUGCAAGAACUUGACUCAGCUUCCUGAUUCGACCAGCUGCUUUACUCCUCUUGAAGAUCUCGUGUUGGAUUGCAGUAGUAUAACCAAACUUCCAGAUUCGAUUGGGUCAUUAGCAGAACUUUCAGACUCCAACGGCCCUUUAAGUUCAUUGACUGAGCUGAACUUAUCGAAUAUGACAAUUCGAAGUUUGCCCGAUUCUGUUGGAAACUUGAGCAGUUUGGAAAUUCUUAACAUUGAUAGUAGUCUUGUGGAGCAGUUCCCUGUUACUCUUUGGAUGCUGGAGAAGCUUAAAUUAACAAACGCAUCCAAGUACACCGGCAGAUCUUUCAAAUUUAGAGAAAUUAUCGGAAUUAAGGCUGUAUGUAUACAUCUGGAGAAUUUGGUUGUUCUUGAUUUAUCUCAGAGCAGCGUCUGUGAAGACUGGAAUGCUUGGAGCUCAAUCAAGAUGCCUGACCUUAAGCAUGAGGAGCUGUUGGCAACUCAGGGAGUAGUGGCCAGAGCAGUUGGGUUCUUUGACAAAACUGACCUAGCUUCUCAUCGAUCGUACUCAUAUAGAAGUACUAGCUAUCUCAACAGGUUGCCAAAUGUUUCAAACUUGAAGAAGAAGUUGAAAUUGCACGUAAGUGACAUCCCCAUGCUCAGGGAAAUUGAAGGCCUUGGGAAUCUUGUAUCCAUGAAAGUUCUGGAUACACGGGGCUGCCCUUUAACCAAUCUCCGUGGUCUCGAAAGGCUUGAAUCUCUAAGGGGGCUGCGUGUUAGAUCUUGCAUUGUUGAAAGACUGCUGGACUUAUUGAAUUCAAAGCAUCUGCGGUAUAUAGAUACCUUAGACAGCAGACAGACUAUUGUGAUCCAAGAUCUUGACAGCUGCGAGAAGUUGUGCAAACUUGAGGGGCUUGAAGAAUUGCAUGGAAAUUGGUUCAGGGUUAAAUUGAAAAGCAAUAACAAGUUUAGGGCCCAAAAUAUUAUUGGGCCAGCCGUUCAAUUAAUGGCAAUGUGGGGCCCCAUAAAAGUCGACUUGAAGGUGAAUCUUUCCAUCUCCUUCUUCUUCCCCGGACCGGAGAAAGAACGGAAGGAGAGCUUCAAUCCCCAUUGA